UCAAGAUGACCAACGAGGACCCUCUUCCCAAAAAAGUCCGACUGAGUGAGACAGACUUCAAACUUAUGGCACGAGAUGAGUUAAUUGUAAGAUGGAAACAGUAUGAAGCAUAUGUGCAAGCUUUGGAGGGCAGGUACACAGAUCUAAACUCCAAUGAUGUAACUGGCUUACAGGAGUCAGAAGAAAAACUAAAGCAACAACAACAAGAGUCUGCACGAAGGGGAAACAUCCUUGUAAUGCGAUGACUAGCAACCAAAGAGCAAGAGGUGCAAGAGUGUACCACUCAAAUCCAGUACCUCAGGCAAGUCCAGCAGCCCAGUGUCACCCAACUGAGAUCAACAAUGGUAGACCCCGCCAUCAACUUGUUUUUCCUAAAAAUGAAAGGUGAACUGGAGCAGACUACAGACAAACUGGAACAAGCCCAAAAUGAACUGAGUGCCUGGAAGUUUACGCCUGACAGAGGCCUGAUGGCGUGGGACUAUUCUGAAGAAGUGGCCACCUCCGAAAAAUUCCCCUUCCAGGACACGUAGACACUUGAGAAACGUUUCUGUUUGAAAAAAAUAGAGGGAGAAACAGAAGUCUUAAGUCUGUGGCACACUGUGUCUUCAGACAGUUUGGAGGAAUGAAGACCUAGAGAUUUAAAAUCAUGAAUUGAACAUGUAAAAUUCCAGUAAAAUGUAAAAAUGGAAUAUGUAUACCUUGAGUAUAGUGACUUAGGGACACUGUAUAUCAGUUUUGCUUUUAAGACUGUGGACUUCAUGAUUGUUGUUGAACUUCUUGAUCAAAACUUAAAUGAGGUGAAUUUUG